ACCAUUGAGGUGGUUGUGAACUGUUGAACUGCCUCAUUCCCACAUGAGUUUUAGUCAUAGGUUAGCUUUAAAAAGCAAAAUUCCCUCACAUUCCUACUUCUCCUAUAAGAACAUCAAUUUGAAACCACCACUACAAAGGAAAUAUCACAUGGACGGUCCACAUUCCAACAUGGCCCACCCAAAAUCCGUCACGUCGGAGCUUGAAGGAACGCUCCUGAUGGACCCGGACCCGUUCUCCUACUUCAUGCUCGUUGCAUUUGAAGCGUCGGGUCUGAUCCGAUUCUCAUUGCUACUUAUCAUGUGGCCCAUCAUACGUUUGCUAGAUGUGGUUGGCAUGGGUGACGCUGGUUUCAGGCUAAUGAUCUUUAUGGCCGUGGCCGGAGUUCGGACGGUGGAGAUUGAGUCUGUGGCACGUGCAGUGCUACCCAAGUUCUAUAUGGAUGAUAUUGAUAUUGAUGCAUGGAGGGAGUUUAGCACGUAUGAUAAAAGAGUUGUAGUGACCAGGUUUCCUAGGGUGAUGGUGGAGAGGUUUGCUAAGGAUCAUUUAAGGGCAGAUGAGGUGAUCGGAGGUGAGCUCGAGGUUAGCCGGUUCGGGUUCGCUACUGGGUUCUUGAGGGAGACGAAUGGGUCCAUGGCCGAUCAUGUGAAGGCAGUACUGUUCGAAAAUGAAGGGUCGGAUGUAGGGUUAUGCAGGAGUACAUCAGCACCGUCAUUCCUAUCAUGUUGUAAGGAGGUCCACCAUCAACCAUUUUUCGCAGACAUGAAAGAUGAUCGCAAUCUCAUCCGUCCACUUCCAGUCAUAUUCCACGACGGCCGUCUAGUCCGUCGCCCCACUCCAUCAACGGCUCUCCUCAUUCUCCUCUGGCUCCCAAUCGGCAUCCUACUCGCAAUAGUACGUAUCACGAUGGGCCUGAUACAACCCCUCUGGCUAAUCCCUUACACCGCUAAAUUCUUCGGCGGUGGAGUCACCGUUCGAGGCCGGCCACCCCCGCCGGCAUCUGACACCGCGAGCGGCUUCCUCUUCGUAUGCACCCACCGCACGCUAAUGGACCCAGUCGUCCUCGCCACCGUCCUGGGCCGCAAGGUUCCUGCGGUCACGUAUUCCAUCUCCCGCCUAUCAGAAAUACUAUCUCCAAUCCCAACCGUCCGAUUGACAAGAGACCGGGAGGUGGACUCAGAGCGAAUAAAGCAGGAGCUAUCGAGAGGCGAUCUCGUGGUUUGCCCGGAGGGGACCACUUGCCGUGAGCCGUUUCUGUUGAGAUUUAGUGCGCUUUUUGCUGAGCUGACUGACCGGAUAGUGCCGGUUGCUAUGAACUACCGAGUCGGGUUCUUUCAUGCGACUACAGCUAGGGGUUGGAAGGCAUUGGACCCGAUCUUCUUCUUCAUGAAUCCGCGGCCUAUCUAUGAAGUGACCUUCUUGAACCAGUUGCCGGUGGAGGCGACCUGCUCAGCAGGUAAGAACCCAUAUGAUGUGGCGAACUACGUGCAGAGGAUCUUGGCUGCGACGUUAGGGUUUGAGUGCACCAAUUUCACUAGGAAAGAUAAGUAUAGGGUGCUUGCUGGUAAUGAUGGGACCGUAUCUUCUACGUCGUAUUUAGAGGGUAUAAAGAAGGUGGUGGGGGCAUUUAUACACUAGUAUUGGUUGGGUGAUGUUGUGUAUCAUAUGCACCCGUUGUGGAUAGGUGUUUGUGAUUUUUUAAGAUUUUUGUUUUUUUUUUUUGAAUGGUUUUGGAGGAUGAUUUGUUUUCCUAAAAGAAUAUUAUGAUUGUAUAAUCAUUAUUAUUAGUAUGGUUAUUGGA